AUGUUUCUGGGUCUGCCAGGCAAACGUCUGGACGAGACGACGGCCGAGCUGAAGAAAACGUCUGUGGCUUUGGAGAAAGAAAAACACAAGACGGAAACUUUGCUGCAUCAGAUGUUGCCUAGACGGGUGGCCAAAGCCCUGACCAACGGGGAGAAAGUGGAGGCGGAGAAGUUUGACCAAGUGACCGUCCUGUUCUCGGACAUCGUUACUUUCACCAACAUAGCAGCCGCCUGUACUCCCAUGGACAUUGUGAACAUGUUGAAUGAGAUGUACCAGAGGUUUGAUCAACGGACGAGUCAGCAUAACGUCUACAAGGUGGAGACAAUCGGCGAUGCCUACAUGGUGGUGAGCGGAGUGCCGGACAGAACAGCCAUGCACGCGCAGCCGGUGGCCAACUUUGCCCUGGACAUGAUCGAGGACGCCGGGCUGGUCAAGUCUCCGGCCACUGGACUCCCGCUACAGAUUCGCGUGGGUGUACACACAGGGCCGGUUGUGGCGGGGGUGGUUGGCGUAAAGAUGCCGCGCUACUGUCUGUUCGGUGACACCGUCAACACAGCCAGCAGGAUGGAGAGUCACGGGGUCCCAGGUCGAAUCCACCUGAGCCCCACAGCCUACAAAGCUCUCCGUGGCUGGGGGUACGCCUUCAAAGAGCGCGGAGAGAUGGAGGUCAAAGGCAAAGGGCGGAUGUCCACCUACUUCCUCAUGGGUCACCUCCACCGGCGCCUGGCUGACCCCAGUGACCCCUACAGCGACCUGGAUGUGCGGCAGGACAGCUCGGAGGCCGCUCAGAAUGAUGACGUCACGCACACCACAGCAGACGUUUUGACGCAGCAGCACACGCAGACAAUGACGUCAGGCUUCUCUACCACAGAGGCUCACGUGAUUUCCCUCAUUGCCCCAGAGUCUGGUGACGUCAAGAGUGGACAAGUUGCACCCCACGGCUCGAUGACAUCAUUAGCAACGCCCCCUAGCGUCACAGACUCGGCAGACGGGUUUGUAUCUCGGUCUGAGUCACCUACAAUCGGAAGAAUCGAACCCCAGUCUUCAAAGCCGGACGGCAGCCCGUGUAGAUCGGAGACUGUCAAGACCUCCCCUGUCCGCCCCUCAAAUAUCUCCGCGGAUCACGAGACCAGAAGACUGUCUCAAACCUGCAGCACUGCCAGCCACCCGUCACACGUGACGUCACAGACACUUCCGGGCGCUGGCACCUCCGUCAUGAUGACGUCAGAGGGGAGGUCUCACUCCCCGUGUGCUGGACACACCACCAUCCCAGCUGAACAUACUUCACACACAACACAACACACCUCACACACAACACAGCACACCACCCUCCCAGCUAAACCCACCCCCCUCCCAGCUGAACACACCACCCUUCAAACCGAACACACAUCACACACAACAACAUCAUCAACAUCUUCCGACGUUACAACAGACACGCCGCACAACUCCAAACCGACCUCCGCCACCGACCCCGCCCCCCACUUCUCACCUGACAGCCCGCUGGGUCACGUGGUUGGCCGGUCGUCCCCCAGAAAUGACCAGUGUGUGUACGUCAACGGUUCCUUCAAGGGUGCCUACGGCCCCCAGGUCAGAGGUCAGUCACAGACUCACCAGGAAUCGGCUGGCGCUAAGGGGGGAUCGCUCACCAACCACGGUAACGAUCCCAGCAAAAACAACACCUCCAACAACGACAAUAGCACCAACAACGACAACAGCAACACGAACAAUAUCACCAACGACGACAACAACACCUCCACCGUCACCAACAACGACAGUAGAAGCAACAACGUCACCAACGCUGACACCGACAACAGCAGAGGCAGCAUUACCAACAGCACCAACAACGACAACAACCACACCACCAUUGCUACAACCAACAACACCACCACCAACAACAACAACCACCACCCCACCAGCGCCGUAAACAACCCACCAGAGCUGAAGUCCACCUCACCCCCCUCCCAGCCCCCCGAGGGCAGCCCUAACCUCAGCCGCAGUGAGACCUACCCGGGCGUACACACCACCACCGCCGAGAGAGAUUCGAACCCGGGACCUGUGUCUGCCUCGCAUGGCGAUCUACACAGACUGCAGGCGAGGGGCAAGGAGAAGAAGAGGCGGAAACACAGGAGUAAGCUGUGUAGUGUCACCUAGACACACGUGGGGGACACACAUUAGACACAACAUGACUGUAUGUGUAGUAUGUAGCGUCGUGUGUUGGCGGAGCCUAGACUACUCAUGUCUAUGUGUAAUGGGUUGACCAAACAUGUACACACAUUAUGACAGAGUGUAAUGCGCUGACCAAGCCUAGACACAAAUGUCUUUGUAUAAUGUGUUACACGCACGGCUUACUAGAAUAAUCAGGCCUCCCCAGGGGGCCCGUAGUCUGAAAAUGUGGAGGCGAGUUUAAAACGAGGUCACUGCAGCAGCCUACGCGAGACAAUACGACAGCAGCGCAAUCAGAUAAAGGGAAAUCAAAUAGACUUUUGCCUUUUAUACAACUACAAAUAGUAUCCUAAUUGGAUUUAUGAUAACUAGAUUUCUAGAUCAAGACUCUAGUUCUUGUCUCAUUUUUUGUUAUAAGUGCGGUAAAAGAGCUUCACUUCCCUUUGGCAAUGGGCACAUAAAAUAA